AUGACACUAAGGUUUCUAUCAGUCUCUGCUGAAAACCUCUAAGUCAUCCUCUCUACUGAGAUCUAGACUUCAAUCUAGAUUUCUAACUUCCACUUGGAUACCCCAUUGUCAUUUCAAGAGAUGCCCUUUCAAGUUUGUCUUCAAGGUUCUGAAUUGAGAAUUUUCAAUCCUCAUUUUUUCCAUCAUCAACUGAAUUUCACUUGCCAUUGUCACCCAUGAAGACCAGACCUGCAUCACCUCAAAGUCAGGUGACUAGGUGGCCUCCUAUUUGAUCUCCAAUAUCUAAUCUGUAUCCUCUUCAACUCCUUCCUACCAAAAUCCCAUUUCAGGUCUACAACAUAGAGAUUAUGUUGUACAACCCAUUCAAUAUGUAAUUACUGUGGAUACCACAUCCCUUAAUGCGGUAUGUAAGGCCGAAUGAGUAAUAGGUAGCAUCCCCCUUCAGAAAUAGUAAUGCCAUUUUCCAAACACUUCCAUAGCCCAUUGGUCUUCUCACUAAUGUUUAUCAUCACAUCACCUCCAGGAGAAGAAGGUAGGUCAGAGAGCAUCACUUCACUCUAUAGAUCAUUCAACUAAGGUCCCGAGGUUAAAUGAGACCUUAAGAUGCUGGCAGAAAUAUCUGGAGGACACACCCAGCACCCUGUUCUUACUGUCAGAAUUAAGGGGCUGUUGACCGGCCAGCCCCAAUACAGUCUGGUUUCCUGUACUUCAACGGAAGAGCACCUAGCAAUCACCUUGGGCUCACUGCUGGGGGUGGGCCGGGUGGGCCACAUUUGAAAAGAGCGCCCCCCUCCCACCCCAUUGUGAUGCAAGCGAUCUGGGGGCCGCACCCUGAGAGGCAGCUGCCAAAGGAUGACUUCACAAAGGGCCUUCGGCCGCCAACGCCCAAGCUCCGGGCGACCCAUCUCUGCCCCGAUCGGCCUGCCCCACGCUCUGGGCCCAGGUCGGCUGCGGGCGGACUUCAGUCGGAGGCAGACACGGGCACUGAAGUGCCACAGAGAGCCACUACCCGGUCACAGACACCCGUGGGGAAUCGAGACUCCGGUUCUCAGCAGCCUCCCAGUGGCUCCGCUCGCACGGACUGGCCGGAGCGCUUCCGAAGGCCUCUAGGGUUUGGCUGGAGCUCUGGGCUCCGCGGCCAGUAGGCGGGUAGGAUCUCACUCCAGGGGCGGGCUCCACCCUCGUCUUACAGCCUUUCCCUUUCCCACGGGCGGGGAGGUGUCUGGCGGCGUCUCUCCUGUCCCCUCCACCGGGUGGGUGCGUGGGUCUGGCCAAGGUUGCAUUUGAAGGGAAAAGGGGUGUGUGGUCAAUUUUGGAAACAAGUCCUGAUUCUAUUUCAAACAAGUCUAUUUGAAAAUAGAGCUGCUUUUUCUCACUUAUUGUUCAAACUCGGUGAACAAUAUCUGAACACCCAGUCAUCUUUCAUGGAAAUUAGGCUUCUGAAGUAUUCAGAGGGAUGUCCUCCAGGUUUUGCCACUCUCCGAGAUAGGUAUGAGAAAAAACGUUUUUUGAAAACCCGAAAAAUGCAAACUCCAUUUCUAUUCUCAAAACAGAGAUUCAGUUAAGUAGAGUAAAUUAUUUCUGUGGUGGCAUUAUUUUCCUCGAAGGCUUAAGUUACUAUUACCCAUGACUGAAAAUCCCACAUUUGCAGGUAGAUCCGAUUAUAUUUCAGACAGCUGGAAACCAAUUUGGAGUAGGUUUAAUAUGGCCUUGUUACCAUUUGUUUCUUGCUUGAAUGAGUCAGUAUAAUAGAGGUGUAAACAUGAUAUAAUUACAUAGAAGGACAAUCUGCAAAGAGGAUUUCAAAGAAGUACCUAUUGGGUCUUUAAAGGGAAGUAGGGAUAAACUCAAAGGUCAUAAUUAAACUCUUUCCAGGGAAACCAUAGUGUUCAGCGGUAGGAUUAAAAUCCACAUUACUGAAAGGUAGCCUGCAGCAUUCAACCCAUUUGACUGCCGUUUAACUGGUAACUGGUGAAAGAAAUAUUCAGUGUUGAAUUCUAAUUCUAAUAUGCUUGGCAAAGCUGGAUUGCAGUGCAUUUCAUCUUUAUGGGUACAAAAUUGGAAUGCACUAUGCUCUUAAAAAUGUGUUCUUAUUCACUACUGUUAGUCAUUAACUUUGAGCUCUUACUGAGGGUCACCUGUAUGAUUUCAUUCACUAUUCAAAACCCAUCACGAAGGUGCUGUUUCUUUCUCAUUUCACAGAUGAGAAGGAUGAAGGUCAAAGAGAGAGAGCUUGUCUAAGUGCCAAAGCCAGGGUUUGAGUAUAAGUGCCAACAGAGAACCUUGACAUUAUUUUCCUUCCCUUCAGGGGAAGAAUUGUUUUCAUUACUUUGUCUAUCCCCCCUAACUACACCAAAUAGGCUUGCAUUUUAGAAUGUGACUUCCCAUACACGGAUAUACUUUAAAGAAACUGCAUUUACCAACUCUCAGAGUUGGUUUCCUUUAAAGGUGGCAAUAAGGGGCGGGGGGAAUCUUGGAAAUAGGUUCUCUCUAGCAUCGUGGAAAAGUGGAACCUUUUACUUUGCAAAUGGAAUUCCCAGUUUGGCCCUUAAGAAUUCAUUCAUUGUCAGCUUCCUCCAGGAUGGGCAAACUCAGGCCAGAGAGCCAAAUCCAGCCCAUUGCUGGGUUUUGUACAGCAUAAGAACUAAGGAUGGUUUUUACAUUUUUAAAUGGUUGAAAAAAACCAAGAGAAGAAUCAUAAUUUAUGACACAUGAAAAUUAUAUGAAAUUCACCAAGAGUAAACCCUAAUGGAAACUCUUCACCACUCAGUUCGUCUUCAUUGAUUAAAAUUAGUUUCAGAAUAGUAGUUAUCCUAUUACUUUAUCUUCCAAAAUGCAAAAUCGUCAGCAUGGCAAGUGAAGAACCAAUGUCUUUUCCAAUACCAGACUUCCUGCUGACACAUAUGCAAUUUCUUUUGAGAGAAAAUGUAUUAGAACAUUUUUGCCAUUCCCCAAACUUAUAAAUCCACAGCAACCUGUCAUGUCCCACAUGAAAUCACUCUGAAUGGCCUAACAAUGUUGUUGAGUCACUAUUCCAAAGACUUUCAAAGAUUCCUAUUUAGUAGGGGGAAAAAAUGUUAACACUAUUAACCAAGAAUUUCUGGAUAGACUGGAAUUCCAAACGACAAAAUGUGUCCAAUCAUGGGCUACAUAAUUAGGUUCUGUCAUUUUAAUGAAGGAUAUUUAGAUUCAGCUAACAAUUGCUGAGCAGCAAUUAUGUGUUAGGUCUUUUCCAGGACUUAGAUCCUUUCCUCUCCACACUGCUAGCUGCUUUAGAGGCCAAGACAAUGAGACAGGCUUUGGACUUUUAAAGUUCUUCAACCCUACUAGCGGGUCACUUUGGACAAAUAAUUUCAUUUUCCUGAGGAUAUUUUCUAUUUUGUAAAAUAGGAAUAUUAGUUGCCUAACUGAGUAGUUGUGGGAAUCAAAUAAGAUAAUCCAUGGAAACCAUUUAAUCAGAAUGAGUGAGGCAUAGAAUGCUUUUCUUUCCUCCUUUACUUGUCAACCCUCUGAAAUGCAUGGAUGAGUAAUUCCUGUUUCAGCUCAAUCCUGUAAAGAUCAAAUAAGUUCUCUUUCCAUCUGCUGAAUUUCAGGAUCACCAAGCUGCUUAGGGUCGGAGUAAAGGCCAGCUACCGCCUUGAUUUCAUGUAGCUGGAAGAGCGAUCCAAGUGACCCCUGUAUUGCUGGGCUUUGACAAUGUGCCCUUAGCCAUUAUAAAGGGUCUUCUCUAAGAUUCAUGCUGGGGGAUGGGGAGAGCUCACACAUUUUUCUUUGCCUCUAGAUGAUCUUGUUUCGAAUUCAUUACCAGUUUUUUUCAUAGCUUGGGUACAAUCUCACGAAUAGGGCUGGAACUAGAGUGAGGCCAGCGAGGGCACACAAUUUAAGGAGACACUCAAUACUAAGAAGUGUUUCUUCUCAUCUGCUAUAUUAUGAAAAAGCUUGCCUUUAUUUUUUGGGCUCAUACAGAGAAUGAGGCCUAUUGUCUUAGAGAUGCAGGAGGGAGGGCUUAGAAUGGGAAGGCUUAGAAUGGGAAGGAAAACCUUAGUGCUACCCAGGUUAAUGUUUGUUCAACUCCUUUGAAGUACAUGCUGGCGUUUCAAUGCUCCAUCUCCACAGAUUCUCAGUGCCGAGAAGGGACCCCACCGAAGGCUGUGCCCACGUGUGCAAGGCAGGGGGUACUUCUCAGGGUUUUUAUUUGUUGUGUUUCGCCCACACUCCUACUUGGACUUCCAAGUCUGGGGCGAAGUCUCUCCGCGUUGUCAUCCUACCUCGCUCGCUCCCCGGAUCACGUCCCCGCUGCCCCACCGGAUCCCAGUCCCUUAAACCUUGAAUUUGGGCUGCAGGGGCGGCGCGCCGGCGCCUGCGGCUGCGGCCGCGGCGAGCUCCAAAGGCGAGGCUUGGAGCCCUGGGCGCUGUGCAGACGCACGAUCACCAUGGGUGAGGAUGAGUGCAGGAGCCUGGGGAAAGGAAGUGUCGCCCCAGGGCCGGUCCCAGAGGGCCUGAUCCGAAUCUACAGCAUGAGGUUCUGUCCCUUUGCGCACAGAACGCGCUUGGUCCUCCUGGCCAAAGGCAUCAGCUAUGAAGUUAUCAACAUUAACCUGAGAAACAAGCCUGACUGGUACUAUACAAAGCACCCCUUUGGCCAAAUCCCUGUCCUGGAAAACAGCAGAUGUCAGCUGAUCUACGAAUCUGUGAUCGCUUGUGAGUACCUGGAUGAUGCUUAUCCGGGAAGGAAGCUGUAUCCAUAUGACCCUUAUGAGCGAGCUCGCCAAAAGAUGUUAUUGGAGCUAUUCUAUAAGGUCCCACAUUUGACCAAGGAGUGUCUGGUAGCAUUGAGAUGCGGGAAAGAAUGCUGUGAUCUGAAGCUAGCCCUUCGUGAGGAAUUCUGCAACCUUGAAGAGAUUCUUAGCUAUCAGAACACCGUCUUCUUUGGUGGAGACUGUAUAUCCAUGAUUGAUUACCUCUUUUGGCCCUGGUUUGAGCGGCUGGAUGUAUAUGGAAUAGCUGACUGUGUGAACCACACCCCCGCUCUUCGGCUCUGGAUAGAGGCCAUGAAGCAGGACCCCACGGUGUGUGCUCUUCUCAUAGAUAAGAAUAUUUUCCUGGGCUUCUUGAAUCUCUAUUUUCAGAACCACCCCGAUGCCUUUGACUAUGGGCUGAGUUGCUGAGCCCCAUGGUCCACCCCUUCACUACCCAGAAUUCCCAAGCAUGUCGUGACACUGUUCCAGGAGUUGUUUGGGUGGGUCAAUCAAUCUCUGUUCCUUUUCUUUGAGGUUCCUAAUAAACAUGGAGACA